AUGGCAGAACAAAAAAUUGGUAAGAAUUCUAUUGUUCAUUAUACUGUUAAUUCACUUUAUACCAAAGCAAUUCUAUCGGUUUAUAACAAGUCUGGUUUAAUUGAACUUGCGAAAGAACUCAGUGACCUAAAUGUAAAGCUUAUCGGUUUAGGAGGGACAGCCAAAAAAAUUCGAGAAGCAGGAAUUCCUAUCUCGGAUGUAUCCGAAGCAACCAAUGCACCGGAAAUUUUAGGUGGACGCGUAAAGACCUUGCAUCCAGUGAUUCAUGGUGGUAUUCUCGCUCGCAACAUUCCAAGCGAUGAAGCUGAUCUAAUCGCGCAGAAAAUACAGAAAAUUGAUUAUGUUAUUUGUAAUCUUUACCCUUUCAAGGAGACAAUUGCAAAGGAAGGAAUUACAAUUGCCGAAGCUGUAGAGGAAAUUGAUAUUGGUGGUGUCACGCUUUUGAGAGCCGCUGCAAAAAACCAUGACCGUGUGACUAUUCUUUCCGAUCCAAAUGAUUAUCUAAAAUUUUUAGCCGAAUUAAAAAAGGAUGGUUGUAUAUCCGAAAAUUCGCGUAGAUUGUUCGCGUUGAAGGCUUUCAAUCACACUGCAGAUUACGAUGAAGCAAUUUCAAAUUAUUUUAGACAACAAUAUUCUAAAGAUAUUUCUCAACUCACUCUACGUUACGGCGCCAAUCCACAUCAAAAGCCUGCCCAAGUCUUUGUAAAAGAUGGUUGUCUUCCUAUACAGGUCCUAUCCGGAUCACCAGGCUAUAUUAAUCUUCUUGAUGCGUUAAAUGGCUGGCCACUAGUAAAGGAACUUAAAGCUGCACUCAAUCUUCCUGCUGCUGCUUCUUUCAAACAUGUGUCUCCUGCUGGAGCUGCAGUUGGACUUCCAUUGGACGAGAUUGAAAAAAAGGUGUAUUUUGUGGAUGAUCUUAAAGAGCUAUCUCCUUUAGCUACUGCUUAUGCUCGUGCUCGAGGGGCAGAUAGGAUGUCUUCUUUUGGUGAUUGGAUCGCUUUGAGCGAUAUAGUCGAUGUUCCUACUGCUAAAAUUAUUUCACGUGAGGUGUCUGAUGGUGUCAUCGCUCCUGGUUAUGAUCCUCAAGCUCUUGAGAUUUUAAGUAAGAAGAAGGAUGGAAAAUAUACUGUUAUUCAGAUUGACCCCAAUUAUGAACCUCCAGAAAUAGAAACCCGUCAAGUUUACGGAUUAUAUCUUCAACAAAAGCGUAACAAUGCUAAGAUUGAUCAAAAAUUAUUUGAAAAUAUUGUAACAAAAAAUAAGAAUCUUCCGAACUCAGCGAUUACCGAUCUCAUUGUUGCCACAAUCGCUCUCAAAUAUACACAAUCUAAUUCUGUAUGUUAUGCUAAAAAUGGCAUGGUGAUUGGACUUGGUGCUGGGCAACAAUCACGCAUCCACUGUACGCGAUUAGCUGGUGAAAAAGCCGACAACUGGUGGCUUCGUCACCAUCCCAAAGUGAUUACUUUCGAUUUUAAAAAAUCAACAAAGCGAGCUGAAAAGAGUAAUGCAAUUGAUCUAUAUAUAUUGGAUAAAAUUGGCGAGGGUCUAGAACGUACUUCUUGGGAAUCACAAUUCAAUACGAUUCCCGAGCCUCUGACGCCUGAAGAACGUAAAUUACAUCUGGCAUCACUCUCAGGAGUCGCGCUUUCCUCUGAUGCUUUCUUUCCUUUUUCAGACAAUGUUCAUCGAGCUCAUCAAUCCGGAGCUGGUUACGUUGCAGCUCCAAGUGGUUCUAUACAAGAUCAAGCAGUAAUACAAGCGGCUGAUGAACAUGGCAUGGUUUUAAUUCAUACUAAUUUGAGACUAUUUCAUCAUUAA